AUGCCCUCUGGAUUCGAACGGCUCCUUCAUCACUCCCCCACGCCAUCUCCGCCGCCACGACGAGUCUCGACGACAUCCCGGUACCACCUACACAUCCGACAGCAGCCCAUCGCGGCGCGGGCUUGCGGAGCCGGCGAUCGAGAUCGACGACCCGUCGACCCGCCUCCUAUCAUCCAGAUGCUUUUAACGGACUUUGACGCCCAGGCAUCUGACGAUAUCGACAUCCUUCAAGAUCCACGCUUUACGGUCGGUUGCUUCCUGGUCCCGGAGACGCGGGGAUCGUUCUCAUCCGAUGCCGACGGCGACAGCGCCUUACGCGAGGACCGGGUCGGGGGAACCGCCCCCGGACAAUCCACACCCUUACUAUCGGGGAAAGCGUUCGUUUCGCCGUUCUUUGUCGACGAGGAUCCAGAUCCCACCACUGCCCCCAACCAUCCCUCUAGUUUCGACCACACGUCCGACAGGAGGAUGCACCCAGCCCCGGCCAAUGGAUUGAAACCGCCCGCGGCGUUCUUCAUCUUCUCUGACCUCUCCGUCCGUACAGCUGGACUGUAUCGGCUGCAGUUCCGACUCAUGAACUGGGGCCACGUGGAAGACACGGGGCAGUCGAUGCCCAUCAUCGCGGAGGCGUGGUCGGAUCCGUUCCGCGUGUACCCGGCCAAGGACUUCCCGGGAAUGAGGGACUCGUCGACUCUCACGGAAGGGCUGAAGGAGCUUGGGUUCGUCGAGCUGAAGACCAGAGGGAAGGGGAAGGGUAAGGGGAGGAGAAGGUGA